AUGGAUUCAGGUGAGGAGAACGUAUCCAUGGAGCAGAAGACGUCUUCUCCACUGAUUCCUCCACAGGAGGAGCAGAAGCAGGAGCAGAAUCAAGAGCAGGAUCAGGAAUUACAGACACAGCAGAAAGAAAACGUAGUUGAAUCUAGCGCUACACCCAGAGUAACCCCUCAAGAGAGUGUAGAUGAGCAACCCGUCAGUGGUGGCUCUUUUACUCCUGUUUAUCGACCUGGUUGUGCCACAGACCCAGAUCCUCUGCGGAACCUUAUCGUGAAUUAUCUUCCACCGCUAAUGGAUGAGGCGGAACUCUACCACCUUUUCUCCCAGUUUGGUCCCAUUGAAAGUGUAAAGAUUAUCUAUGAUAAGGAGACGAAAGAGAGUCGUGGGUAUGGUUUUGUGAAGUAUCUGCAUUUCUUUAGUGCAACAUAUGCUAUAAACGGGCUCAACGGCUACCACAUAGUGGGGAAACGUCUGAAAGUAGCAUACGCCAAUGUGGAAGCAGCAAUGGAAAGUUACAAGGCAUUGCGGACCUCAGCAAUGUGUUUCUCCAUGGAGCAGCAGAUGGCUUUGCAAGCUAUUUUUUAUCAACAGAUUUUGUUAGCGCGACAGCAGGAGAGGCAGAUGCAACAAUAG